AGCGUCAUCUAAUUCAGUAGCUCUGAAAUAGAAAUAAGUCUCAGUGACUUAAAAAAAAAAAAUCCUUAGAUUAAAUGUGGUCUUGCUAGUAGACAUUUUAUUAUGCCCUAUCUCCCCUAACUCUGUACCUGGUCCUUAUGUGUUUUUUUUUUCCCCCAGAUCGGCUUCAGCUCCCCAGGAAUAUGAUUGAAAACAGCAUGUUUGAGGAAGAACCAGAUGUGGUGGACUUAGCCAAAGAGCCCUGUUUACAUCCUCUGGAGCCCGAUGAGGCGGAAUAUGAGCCCCGGGGUUCGCGACUGCUGGUUCGGGGCCUUGGCGAGCAUGAGCUGGACGAGGACGAAGAGGACUACGAAUCGUCUGCAAAGCUGCUGGGCAUGUCCUUCAUGAACAGGAGCUCGGGGCUGCGAAACAGCGCAGCCGGCUACCGGCAGAACUCGGAUGGGCCCUGCUCCAUGCCCUCUGCCAGGACCAUGGCGGUCUGUGCUUUCAUCAUCCUAGUUGCUGUUUCUGUAAUCAUGGUGAUUUACCUCCUGCCCAGGUGUACCUUUACCAAAGAAGGCUGCCAUAAACAAAACCGAUCCAUGGAACUGAUUCAGCCAAUCGCAACGAAUGGAAAGUUGUUUCCGUGGGCCCAAAUCAGGCUGCCCACUGCCAUCAUGCCAGUGCGCUACGAACUGAACCUCCACCCAAACCUAACCUCCAUGACGUUCAGGGGUUCCGUGACGAUCUCGCUCCAGGCCCUUCAGGCCACGUGGAGCAUCAUUCUUCACAGCACAGGCCACAACAUUUCCAGAGUGACCUUUAUGACUGCAGUUUCAAGCCAGGAAAAAGAAGUUGACAUCCUGGAGUACCCACUGCAUGAGCAGGUUGCCAUUGUUGCCCCCGAGGCCCUGCUUGAAGGGCACAAUUAUACCGUGAAGCUCGAGUACUCGGCGAACAUAUCCGCUUCUUACUAUGGGUUCUAUGGCAUCUCCUACACUGAUGACAGCGCUGAGAAAAAGUACUUUGCGGCAACUCAGUUUGAACCCUUGGCAGCAAGAUCUGCUUUUCCUUGUUUUGAUGAACCAGCAUUUAAAGCCACAUUUGUCAUCAGGAUCAAAAGAGAUGAGCAAUACACUGCUUUAUCAAAUAUGCCUAAGAAGUCAUCAAUCGUGAUGGAAGAUGGACUUGUUCAGGAUGAGUUUUUUGAGAGUGUGAAGAUGAGCACUUAUCUGGUUGCCUUCAUUGUGGGGGAGAUGAAGAACCUGAGUCAGGACGUAAAUGGAACCCUGGUUUCUAUAUAUGCUGUCCCAGAAAAGAUUGGUCAAGUUCACCAUGCCUUGGAAACGACUGUGAAGCUUCUUGACUUUUAUCAAAACUACUUUGAAAUUCAAUACCCACUAAAGAAAUUGGACUUGGUGGCUAUCCCUGACUUUGAGGCAGGAGCAAUGGAAAACUGGGGUUUGCUCACCUUCCGAGAAGAGACACUUCUGUAUGAUGAUAAUACUUCUUCAGUGGCAGAUAGAAAGCUGGUUACUAAAAUCAUCGCUCACGAGCUGGCCCAUCAGUGGUUUGGUAAUCUGGUAACAAUGCAGUGGUGGAAUGAUGUAUGGCUAAAUGAAGGUUUUGCUACAUUCAUGGAGUAUUUCUCUUUGGAAAAAAUAUUUGGAGAGCUCUCCAGUUAUGAAGAUUUCUUAGAUGCUCGAUUUAAAACCAUGAAAAGAGAUUCCUUGAAUUCAUCCCAUCCAAUAUCAUCAUCGUCUGUUCAGUCUUCAGAACAGAUUGAAGAAAUGUUUGAUUUUCUUUCCUAUUUUAAGGGAGCUUCCCUGUUGUUGAUGCUGAAAACUUACCUUAGUGAAGAUAUAUUUCAACAUGCCAUUAUUCUUUAUCUGCAUAAUCAUAGCUAUACAUCCAUUCACAGUGAUGACCUGUGGGAUAGUUUUAACGAGGUCACAAACAAAACACUAGAUGUAAAGAAAAUGAUGAAAACCUGGACCCUGCAGAAAGGAUUUCCUUUAGUGACUGUUCAGAGAAAAGGAAAGCAAAUUCUUGUACAACAGGAGAGAUUCUCUUUAAAUGUUAAGCCUGAAAUUCAGCCUUCAGAUGCAAGUUCUCUGUGGCAUAUUCCACUAUCCUACAUCACUGAUGGAAGAAAUUACUCCAAGCAUCGAUCAGUAUCAUUACUGGACAAGAAAUCAGGUGUCAUCAAUCUCACAGAAGAAGUGCAGUGGAUCAAGGUCAAUACAAACAUGACUGGCUAUUACAUUGUCCAUUAUGCAGAUGACAACUGGGAAGCACUGAUCAAACAGCUGAAAAUAAAUCCUUAUGUGCUGAGCGACAAAGAUCGAGCCAGCCUCAUCAACAACAUCUUUGAACUUGCAGGCCUAGGCAAGGUGUCUCUUCAGAGAGCUUUUGAUCUGAUUGAUUAUCUUAGAAAUGAAACCUACACUGCACCCAUCUCUGAAGCCCUGUUCCAGACAGAACUCAUCUAUAACCUCCUUGACAAACUCGGGCACAUGGAUCUGGCCUCAAGAUUGGUGAACAAGGUAUUUAAAUUGCUUCAAAGCCAGAUCCAACAGCAGACUUGGACUGACGAGGGCACCCCGUCUACUCGAGAGCUGCGGUCGGUCUUGCUGGACUUCGCUUGCACCCACAGCCUGGAGAACUGCAGUGCUGCUGCCUUGAAGCUCUUCAAUGACUGGGUGGCGUCCAAUGGCACUCAGAGCCUGCCUACGGAUGUCAUGACGACCGUGUUCAAGGUUGGAGCAAAAACUGAGAGCGGCUGGUCAUUCCUCUUAAGCAAAUACGUCUCUCUAGGCUCUGAAGCAGAGAAGAAUAAAAUACUCGAAGCUCUUGCCAGCUCAGAGAAUGUACGGAAGCUUUACUGGUUGAUGAAAAAGAGCCUCGAUGGAGAUCUCAUCCGAACACAGAAGCUGUCGUUCAUCAUUAGGACGGUGGCCCGGCGUUUUCCUGGACACUUGCUGGCCUGGGAUUUUGUCAAAGAGCACUGGAGUAAGCUUGUGCAGAAGUUCCAUCUGGGGUCCUAUACCAUACAAAGUAUCGUUGCUGGAUCCACUCACCAGUUUUCAACAAAGGCACAUUUAUCUGAGGUCCAGGCAUUCUUUGAAAAUCAGUCCGAGGCCACCUUUCGACUUCGCUGUGUCCAGGAGGCGCUGGAAGUCAUUGAGCUGAACAUGCAGUGGGUGGAGAAGAACCUUAAAACCCUGACAUAUUGGCUGUAGCGUGCACCACCCGUUCAGAGAGCUUGUUAACUGGGCCUUUGCUGCUUCUUAAAAGCCAAGGUGAAACCAGGAUCGCUGCUGAGUUAUUUGCACUCUUAGGAGUUCUAGUUUGCUCAGGGCCAGUCUGUAUUUUUUCAUCUGUCUUUUCUGAAAUGUCUUUGGGCAGUGUGUAGUUAUUUAUUACCAAAUUACAUUCACCUGUAUGCCAACCAUCUACAAAAACAAUGGGUAAUUUUUCUACUUUGAAGAUAUUCAAAUGGGGGGGGAAAAAAUCUGUUUUGCAAUUCUGUUCUCAGUUUCUGGCUAAAGGUUGACACCGUGAACUAAGGAAUGGGAGCCACCAUCUUUGCAGGCUGCGGGUUGGUUAGCCAUUUGUUGCUUCUUGUUGAUAGAUAUUUGAAUGGUUCCAAGUUAGCAUCAAAAAGUACAGUAAUAAAGUCAUUGAAUCAUGCAGCUGUAGAGAACUGACCUCAGGUGUGCGGAUCUACUUUGGGGGGUUUGAAUAAUCCUUUCUUUUCUGGAAAAAGUUUAUAACUAUUAUAUUUUUUUCUGAAGAAUAGUCAGGUGCUACAGAAUUUUUAAAUUUUUGUUGUAAAGCUAAAUAACAAGGCCAAAAGAUUUAAUUUUCCAAAUAUUUAACACCUUCUUUUUCAUCUUUCAGGAAAAUAUUUCAAACCGAGUUAGCGUUAAUAUUUUACUUAGGAAUUCCAGUGUUCUCCAAAUCUCUGUACACCUUUAUCACUCCCUGCCAUAGAUAUCCCUUAUGUUAUAAAUAAGUAUUUCUGCAUUUAUGGCAUUUUUUUUUAAUACUGGUGUCUCUUAUCAUGACUUUCUUACUAAGAAUUACAGUUUACAGUUUGUUUAAGUUGCUUUUUGGCAUGAUAGAUCACAGACACUUUCUCUUAAUCAUACCCAUUGAGUGGUUUUUCAUUUUAUGUGAUAGAGUUGCAUAUUAGAAGUAUAUUUUAAAAUAGGGCCUUUGAGAAAUUGAACAUUUUUAUUUGAAGUUCACCAUAGUACCUUAAAGGAAUAAAGAGAAUGUGGAUAGGAAUAACUUGAUUUAGGUUUAAUAUGGUGGGCUUUGAAUUUUUUCUACUGUCAGAAACAGUACUUUUCUUUAGUUGAAAAAUCAAAGUUUUCUUUUGUAAUGGCCAAACUAACAGAUUAUAGGCAAUGGCCAAGGAAAGAAAGAAAGUAUCCAAAACUAUAUGGCAAUUUUACUCCUUCUAAAGGGGAAAUACUGUACUUGAAUUUUUUGAGCUAUGCAGACUUAUACCUAGAUUGUUGUGUUUCUUUGAUUCUUAGGAGAAAAGCUUUCUCCCUAGUAUUUAUUGUACUUUCUAUUUUGCUUGAAAACACCUACGUACAUAAAAAGGGUAUUUACCCAUUUUUCAGCACUUAAAACACUCCACUGAAUCAGACAAUGGGAAAGGUCACCUUUUUUUUUAUUUAGCAGGUAUCAAGUGAGAAUAUAGGAAUUAUGUAUAAAAUUAUAUUUUAUUUUAUGAAAAUAUUUUUAUAUAGCAAAAUUGCAAAGACUGGCAAUAGAAACUAAAGAUAACCUUCUUUAGCCCUAGUAUGUUUUCUCCCAAUUUAGAGUUUUCUAAACAGCACUUAUCUCUGUAUUUUAGAGUAGAAAAUACUGUUAUCUGAGAAUCAGAGAAUCAUCUGAAGAUGUUUUUUUGAAACUAGGGUGAUUGUAGGUCUUUAUUCCUCUUGUGCUUCAGUAAAUGAAUGAUAAUUUAGUCGAUAUUUGUAAGUGUGUUUUUAUAUUUUUAGAGUGGGGAAAAAUACUAAAAUUUUGGAGGAUUUUUUUGUUGCUGGGUUGUUGUUUUUUUUUUUAACCAUAUUACUAAAGUCCACUUUGAUACAGAGUUUAAACUUUGCUACUUCUCAAAAUCAUUUAAGAUUCUUCCAUUUUGCCUGCCCAUCUUCACAUUGUUUCUAUAAUAUUUGUUAGCUCUGCAUAUGGCAAAUCUUGUCUUGAAUUAUAUCAUUCUUUCCUGGGAGUGUGUGUGUCAGGAGCGGGGUGGAGGUUGUUAUAAUUAAAACUUUAUCAAAGCAUGGGCUAAAAAGGAGGUAACUCAAAAUCCAUUUCUAUCUUUGUACUCAAAAGCCAUUCAUUCCCAUAAUACCAGAUCCAUACCAACUGUAUUUUUCAUUUAUAGGCCUCACCUCAGAUUUUCCUGUGAGAUUCCAUACUUUUUUAAUGUUAUGCUAUCCCAUCUAUACAGGGCUUCCAAAAACCAACUCUUAAGUCGGGAAUAUAAGGUUAAAUGAUGGGUAGACCAUGUGGUAUGAUAAGUAUUGUUGGAGCUUUUGAAGUUUUUCCCCCCAGAAUUUUAUUUCACCACUGUAUUUCUGAGAACUCAGAUAGAAGCACAGCAGUUCUCUGUUAUGUGAGCACACACCAUGACACAUUUCAGUACUGUCUGACGAGUGUUACUUACAUUCAUUGCAGAGAGAGUCGACUUGAAUUAAUAAAAAGACACAUCAUACUAUAUUAUUAGGAAAGACAACAUUGGAAAUCUGGGACUGUAGAAGAAAAGCUUAGGCUUUGGAAAUCUGAAAGGCUAUGAAACUAGAAACGCAAGGAGUUCAGUUUGUUGAUACCUAGUUGCUUGCUAAUACCAACUGAUUAGAUACAGUAAACUGAAGUAGAGUCAGCAGCUACUGUAAGCUUGUGCUUUGCUCCAUCUUUAAGCAAAAUUGUGUUGUUUGCCACUGUUUUGGUGUUCACGAGCUUUCUUACUGUCGCAGGUUCCUCUUAACACUAAUGUUCUUCACCAUUCGUGUUUUCACGUGUACUUUAGCCACUGUGGGGACAGAGCUGUCAGAAGAGUUCUGGGUAUAUACUGAGCCACAUCAGUCUUUCUGGGUGCAGGACAGAAUCCUUUCUGAACACUGGAAAGGAAGAAAUGAAAGUUAAGUGCUGAGUUUGCUGGGUUACAGAGAGCCUGGUCCUGAGUUAGCUUCUGAGCAUCUAGUUGAUCUAAUGCACAUGGAACGAUAAUCUGUAGUCAGGUUGCUGAAUAUUUACAUAAUCCUCGUGUAUGUCAUGGGGGUGCAGGGAAGGUGUAUGCAUCUCAGGAGAUGUGCAGACAGCAAUUUCUGGGCUGAGUUUGCAAAACAAGACCUGAAUUUCAUAGGUAUGAUGUAGUUCUCCCCUUUGCCUUUUUUUUUUUUUUUAAUUGGAAUUAACUCUUUUCUUCCUCCUUUACAUCCCCAUUUGUAUUUUUAAAAGCCUACGUGUUCACUUUUGCUGGGUUUUGCUUUCUUUUCUUUUGUGCUUCAUUCUCUUCAUUGGCAACUAAGUACCAGAUGAAAAGUGGAAGUCCGAAAGUAUGAUAAACCUCCUCUUCUCCCCUUCCCUUGUUGCCUAUGUGGGCAAUAGCUCAGAGUAGUUGAUUGAUUUCUUUGAGCGGUUCUUUGGGGGUAUUUACUUUUUAAAUGUAUGCAUGUGUUUCGAUGUUUUUAUAUUCUUUCAUCUUAGUAUAGUUUAUCCUGAUGAAAAGUGAAAGAGACAUUCUCCUGUGAAAAUCUCUCUUAGCCUUUCAAUUUUUCCUGCCUGGGCAAUAGCUACAGAGUAGUUACUUGAUUUCCUUCUUUGGAGGGAGAUGGUCAUAGUGAGAGAAGAGCAGAGUAUGUUCUUUUUAAAAUGUGUCUAAAUGUGUUUGCCACUAUUUUGUGGGUGUUUGAAUUUUAAAGUAGUUUGGGCUUUCCUUCAUCCUCCUCAUGGAUAAGUAGAGAUCUAAUUUACCGUGAAGGUCCCAAAGUAUGACGAAUGUCUUAUCUGCCCUCUCCUUAUUGCCUGUAUGGACAUACCCGAGUGGUUGUAGUUUCCGUUGUUUUGAUCUAGUCUGUUCUUGAGGGCAGGGAUGGGGGAGGGAUGUACAUUCUUUUUUUCAAGUGUAUAUAAAUAUUAUGCCACUUUUUAGUAUCUUAUUUUAGGUGUGUUCCUUUGCAUGAAUGCAUAUGUACUUAAUGAAAAGGGAGCUUCAGAGUAUGACAGAUCUCCUCUUCCCUUUUCCUUACUGCCUUUUUGGGCAGUAGCUAGAGUAGUUUUUGUUUUGUGAGUUGGGAGACAGUGGGGUAUGUACUUAAUGUAUAUAAAUAAAUCUGUAACUUUGUAUUAUAACUAAUCAUUUCGUACUAUGUCCUUCUCAUAGGACGUGAAAGUACCUAAUGAGACGUGGAGGUCCACAUGUAUGACAAUCUCCUCUUGACCCCUUCCCGUGUUGCCCGAGAGGGCAAUGGCUAGUAGAGUAGUUGAUUAGUUUCAGGGGCUCUUUUGUGGGUAUUAGGGUAAAUGCUUUUAAAUACAUAUACUCAUGUUUUUGCUUCCUUAUUAUAGUAUUUCAUUUGGUACCCAGCUCUCCACCCGGGGGCUUCCCUGAUGGCCCAGCUGGUGAAGAAUCUGCCUGCAAUGUAGGAGACCCGGGUUUGAUCCCUGAGUUAAGAUCCCCUGGAGUGUGGGAUGGCUCCCCACUCCAGUCAUCUGGCCUGGAGAAUUCCAUGGACAGAGAAGCCUGGCGGGCUACAGUCCAUAGGGUCGCAAAGAGCCGGACCCGACUGGGUGACUUUCACUCACUCACUCUCCUUCACUUGGACUGGUAGGUUGCUAAUGAACCACAGAGUCUGGAUACAGAGCAGUCUUCUCUCCUUUCCCUUUUUAUCCAUGUAGUCAAUAAUUUUAAAGUAGUUUGGGCUUUUAGAAUUUUUUUUGGCGGGGCGGGGGGGGGGCUGGGAAGGGACUGAGGCAGGAUAUAUUCUUUUGAAAUCUGUAUAUAUACAGUGCCUGUUUCUAUAUCAUGUUAUUCUGUUUGGCACUUAUCCCUUGCUUGGAUGUGUAGGUACCUAACGAGAUGUGGAGGUAUGGAUGUAGGAAAAUCUUCUGUCUUCCCCUUUCCUUGUCACCUCUGUGGAUAAUAGUUGUAGAGAAGCCUAGAUUAUUUUUACCUCUAUCACUCCCUUGCCUGGGAGCAUAGGAAUAUGUACUUUUUACAAUGUAUAUAAAUGUUUGUGUUCCUUUUUUUUGUUAGUUCAUUUUGUACCUAAACCUUUCCAGGGAUUCUUAGGUACAUGAUGAAAAUUAAGGUUCAUUCUAUGAAAAAAUCUCCUCUUCUCCCCUUCCCUUAUUGCCUGUCUAGGCAAUGACUAGUAGCGUAGUUGUUUGAAGAAUUUUUUGCAGGGGGCAGAGUGGUGAGGGUUUCUGGGUUUGCUUGUGUGUUCAAACGUUUGCUGCAUUUAUUUGUGCUGUCACUUCAAGCCUAGUGUCUUUUUUGACUCCUAAAUAUGAAAUACAAUGCAGAGGCUCAGAUAGGGGUGUAAUAAAUCUCGCCCCCUUCCUCUGUAGCCUGUGCAUACCGGUAGUAUAGGAGUACUUGAGGAUUUGGUUUUCUGUUGUUUGUUUUUGAGGUUUUUAAUGGGGGGUGAGCUUGUUAGGCAAGAUACCUAAAUUUUUUAAAUGUAUACAAAUGUUUCUGCCUCUUUUGGUGUUCAUUUCAUCUUGAAUCCAGUCUUUUGCAUGACUCUUUAGGAACUUAAUGAAAAUUGAAACUGAUUCUAUGAAAAAUUUCCUUACUCACUUUCCCUCAUUGGGUAGUGGCAGAAGAAUAGGCGUUCAGCUUCUGUUUUUGGAGCAGUAGGGAUGGGAGGGGUGUGUGUGUGUGUGUGUGUGUGUGUGUGUGUGUGUGUACAUAUAUAUACACUUUUUAAAUGUAUAAAUGUUUGCUACAUUUUUUGUGUUAUUUCAUCUAGUACCCAGUUCUUUGCUGGGAUCUGUAGGUAUAUAAUGAAACAUGGAGGUCCAGAUGUAUGAUAAAUCUCCUCUACUCCCUUCCCUGGCUGCCUACAUGGGCAGUAGUUCAGCAAUUUAGGAAUUUUUUCUUUUCUUUUUUGUUUUUUUUAGAGGGAGGAAUUAUUGGGUGGGUAGUAGUUAGUGGGGAGGGACGGGUUAUGCCCUUUUUAAAAGUGUAUAUAAAUGUUUCCAUGUUCCUGAUUUUAUACGUAGUCCUUUGGGUGGAUGUCAAGUUACCAAAUGCAAGUUGAGGAGAAGUGUAUGACAACCUCCGCUUCUCCCCUUCCCCUUGUUGCCUGUGUGGUAACAGCAAGUAGAAGAGUUGUAUGUUUGCUUGUUUUAUAGAGGUUUAUAUUUUUGGCAGGGGAAUAUUCUUAAUAUACAUGAAUGUUUUCAUUUGUUGCUUUAUGUUGUGUUCAGUCCUUUACAUGGCUAUGUAGGGAACUAAUGAAAAUUGACACUCUUAGAUGAGCAGGUUACUUUUCUUCCUUUCCCACAUAUUUGCUCCUUCAGCUGGAGCUAGUGUAGUUACUAUUUUGUGGCUAUUUUUAUUCUCUCAGAUAUAUGCAUUUAAAGUUGUAAGUGUAUACAUGCACGUAUAUGAUUUGCUUCUUUUCUUCCCCUGUUAUUUUCCUUUAAUAGUUAGUCCCUUGAGGGCUCUGAGUGUAUCUAACAAAAAAUGCCCCACCAGGUCCCUGCCAUCCGAGCUAAAAGUGAAGCACUGAGGUGUUGUGACUGAUGGCCCCAGGCGUGUCGCCCGUGAGAUGGGGGCAGACACUUGGAUACGGUUGAGCUGUGAGAGCUAGUCACAGCCAGCAGGUCUCGGGUUGACUCACACUGAACGAAACAGAGAGAAGGGAGGGACCUGUACUUUGGCAAUUCCAGAAAGUCAAAAAGACAAUACUUCAGGUGCGAUUAAAUUUUUUUUUGCUCUUCACCUCUCAGCAGCACGCAUUCAAACUCAUGUGAAGACCCUUGAGAGUAGCUCCUUUCUGAGGCCUGGAUUCUGACUCAGUUCCAUCAGUAACAUAUUCUUCUGUACUUGGUAGAAAUCAUUUUGGGUUUUGGAGCGAAUCUUUUUGAGUUAAUUGCCAUCAUUCUAGUAAAUGACAACAUGGGUCCCAAAGCUGAUCCAGGAAGAUCUCCCAAAACCCUGCACAUGGGAGGGCGAGUUGGCCCUUCCCUCCCCAGAGCUCUUCGGCAUGGCUGCAUCUGUCUCCUCUCCUUCUCCACUGGCUGAACCAUUCCUGUUCACUUUUCCUUGUUGUCUUCAGUGCUUGCCAGGUUUGGUGUUAUCUUCAAGUGUCCUCAAAAACAUAAGCCCAUGUUGUCCCUUUAGUUCUGUGUCUUUGCAUGCAUUUCAUACAUCCAGACCUGUGUGUUAACUUUCAGCAUUCUUCAGUCAUACUUCACAUUGACUGUUCAUCACAUGGUAAAUGUUACGACUCCAUAUUUAUCUGUCACAAAGAAAAUGCAUGUGGAAAAUCCAUCCAUCCCUCUCUUCCCUCCCUCCGAGCUUCUGAGCACUGUUUUUUUUUUUCUGCAAUUUAUAACCAAUAUAAUGCUGAAGAUUUGCCAUACAUACUGUUAUUUUUAGAAACAUUGAGUGGUAGGACUCCUAGAAAAUUUGCAAAGAGAUGUUAUUCACCAUAUCAGACUCUCAGGUUCUAGUGAUGAAAAUUUUGCUUAUACUUUGCUGUUACUUAUACCUGCUGCUGUACGGAAAAUGAAAGUUUAUUCAUGCCACAUUUAACUUUGACCAUAAAUAAAAGGGAGCAUCUUUUUGGAGUUAGUCAUGGUCAUCUUUAGCGGUAUUUCUCAACAGUUCUUAAUUUGAAAUACUUCAAAGCAAGUAAAGGUCAGGGCUUAGCUGAAUGAAAUGCUCCAGAACUUGAAGUGUAGAAAGCAUCAGUACAGUAACAUAUUCAUGUGUAUAAAGUGACAGUUACAGCAUAAUUGGAACAUUUGCAUUAAUCAACAAACUCACAUUGAGACAAAACUCAGUCUUACAGCUUUCUUGAUUAAAGCCAAGUGUUCCAUGCUGCUGUGAAGAACAGUCUCUCAAACACUUUGAAAAGUAAUUACUUCAAAACUUGUAAAGGUAUCACGUUUUUGUAUUUAAACACUUAACAGAGAUCUCCAAUUUCUUGAAUCUGAGCUUGUGGGUAGAAUUCUAAAUUUGUAUCAUAAUCUUGUCUUUUGUGAAAGAUUUUGAAAAUAGUAUGUAUAUAUAUAAUAUUAUAUAUGCAAAUUGUGUUUUGUCACUUGUAAAGGGAAAAGGCUUAUUUUUCUUUAUACUUCUGAUACCUUGUUUUGCAUAUGACCAGCACUGACUGAAAGGCAUGUGUACCUGCAAACACUGUUGCUUUUUUUUGUGAAAUAAAAAUAAAAGUAUUUAAAUAUAAA